GGAAGUGUAACCAAUUUCGCCGAUAGAUGUCGUGUUCGCGCCAGAAUAAUCAAGAGAAAUUUCCUCAGGAUAAAGUUUUGGAGUAGAAUUAUUUGAUGAAGAAUGUGGUGAUUGUAUUGAUGCAGAUAAAAGACCACACAAAAUAGCCAGAUGGCAGGCUUUGAAAGAGAAUUCAUAAUACAUCUGCAGAGUAUUGGUGAAAGUAAUUCCAACAAACCAUUAACAACCAAUGGUGCUAUGAAAGAGAAAAGAGAUUCACAGAAUGUGUACAAAAGAUUGCGCAAGAAGUAUAGAAAACAAUGGUGGGCCAGUGGUGCAAGUAAAAAGAAGUUUGAUUGGCAGAAAAGGAAAAAACUGAAACAUGGUAUUUUUUCAAGCAAUGAUGUAUGGAUGGGAAAUCAGCAGACCUCGUGGUCUGAAUUUCAUUCAAGGGCAGAUACCUCAAAUUGCACUAAUUUACGGAAGGAACCAAGAAACUUCAAUUCUUCUUUGAUGAACAGUGAGACUUUCUGCACAGAUUUUCCAAUAACGGGCAUUUCUCAAGAGUUUUCUGGAAUUCGGGACAAUGGCAAUUCACCUUUUAACAGCAGCAAUAGCUGUGGAUCACCAGAAGGUUUAACUAGUCAAGAACAAGGUUCAGCAAAGCCAGCAAGUGCAUCUUGUACAGAUACUCAGUCAUGUUGUGAACAAAAUAACAAUUCCCAAAACAAUGGGUGCUUAUGUGGGGUUAAUAAAGAUUGUCUUGAAUCUCAACUGCCAGAAGUGCCUGACACACCUCUUUUGCAAAAGGUGUCUGAUAAAGAAGCCGUGAUAUAUUCUUCUUAUGAACUGCAACCUGAUUCUCUUGUUAAAACUGGAGGUCAUCAAAAUUCUGUCCAAAAUAAAGUUGAUAAACCUAAAAGUUGUGUGAUAAACCAACAUUGUGACUCUCAGGUUGUACCCAAACCAUCAACUACAGAUUCAUCAGAAGUCAAUGUCACCAAUUCAAGUUUGAAUACUAGAACUUCAUCCAGAAGAAAAUCAGUUUUAACUCCAAUUGCAUGGCAGCAACAGUUCAUGUCUUUCUUGUCAACACCUCAGGAAGAAGAAGAAGAAACUUGCCCAUCCAACGAUCCAGACUUUGUGUGUCAUGUUGAUAAAGUACCAGCUAAAAUCUCUAGGAGACGCAGGUCUCGUAAUGUGAAGAAUAACAGUUGUGCAUGUUGUAUUGAUGCAGAAAGUCAUAGCAAAAAAGAGAAACAGUCCCGUCAGCAUGAGAAAAAGUUGUUGAAAGAACAAAAACAUUUCAUUCAAGACAUGAUGCGCCUUGUGUCACUGAGAAAUAAAAUUGUUCUACUAUUACAAUGUUUACUACCAGCUGACCUGAAACAUACAGUGAAAGCAGAAACUGAGAGUGUGGAUGAAUUCAUAGAAUUUGUUAUGCGUGUCAUUCGCUCAAGCAACAGAGAGAAGGACCUUGAAUCUGAGGACACGGAUAUUCACUCUCUGCAUAAAUAUCAGGAUGAGAGUGAGUGUUUAGAUGAUGAAAUGCCAGUGCUAGAAAAUUGUACUGCUUAUGUUUCCAAUAUUUCGUCCAAUAUAUCCUCCCCACCUCCAACAUCAAGAUUUCAAAGUCUAUCAGAUUCAGGAAUUGUGCAGGAUCAGUCGUUUACAUGUGAAGCAACCUGUGAAACAAUAUCUGUCAAUGUUGACUUUGCAAAUGAUCAGCAAACCAAUGUGGACUCAGAUUACCAAGGAUUCUUGCCAACAAACAAGCCCAGAGAAAUGAUCUCAUCUGAAGCACUUCCAGAUGGAACUCACAUGGUUAUAGAGGAUGAAGUCAUGAAGGAUGCAAGCCAGGAGAAAGUGAUAUGUGCCAGUGUUCAGGAAAUGGUUCCUAUGGAUAUAGAAGAUGCACAACCCCCCACAGUCAGUACUGCUCCCUCUGAAGUCCCAAUGGAAGAUCAUGACAUAGACAACAAAAGUGAUGAUGACAAAAGCAACGACAAAGUUCCUACAACCUCUGAUGUUUUAGUUGACAAUUGUGAAAAUGAUGUCCAUGUUUUGGACAAAUUAGCAAGUGUUCUCGCCAAUGGUGAUUCGAAAAGUACUUCAGCCUCUAGAUCUGACCCUCUUAUGGAGCUACUAGCAGUUGAAAAGACUAGUGAAACUUUUCCAACUGAAAGUAAGAAUGAAAUGGCAGUUCAAGGUUUAACUUGUGUAGUAGAGACUCCACGUGAUGCUGGCAAUGAAGAGGGUGUAGCUAACACUGAAUCCUCCACAGUUAAGGUCGUCGAAGUGUUUGAACCUUCCGUUGUUUUGUGCAAAAAGCCGAAGAAGUGUCUAAAGAUGUUCAUGAAGAAGGUCCACUCUCUUCUUCACCGACUUUUACCGGGGGUUCAUUUUGAACACCAUUUUUUCAGGAAUUCUGACAAUUUAGAGUACUUAUUAGAUGCUAUCAUUCAAAGCAAUCAAGAACUAUCUGUAGAUGUCUAGUUUGUCUAUAUAAACUGAACUGUUCUUGUUUUUGUAUACCGUAAUUUUUCAUAAGUCAUACACAACGUGUUUACCUUCUCCUCCCAAUAAAUACAGGUUAAUAGAUAAUUCAUGGAAAAAUUUUUAUUAAUUAGAUUGAGUACCGGUACGAUGUAUGUAUGUUAUAUAAGUAUUGUACGUGUUAGUACUUGCCAAAGCCAUUUAAUGGCCAUGUUUUUUUGCUUUGUCUUUCAGUGUACAGCGUUCAUUUUAUGCUCUGUAGCAUAUGACAUGUUUGUCUAAGUCUGUGAGUUUUGUCACAAUGUUUCAGAUGAUGAUUUAUCAUUAAUGUUUUAUGUAAGACUUGGAUCGAAAUGUUUAUAAACAGUUGACCAAAUCAUGUUGUAGAAACUGUGUAUAAGUCCAGUCAAGUGGCUAAGGCAGGGUUUAUAUAAUAGUAUGUCCAAGAUUUUUCCUUCUUUCUACUUUUUUCCUGCUAUUUCUCAUUAAUUUCAUAGGUUGUAAGGUUCAUUUUAAAUAUAAGACUAACAGCAGAUUUGUUAAUUUAGAUAUUUCAAUUACUAUGUGUAUGUAUUCUUGGACAUGUUUUGGAUUUUAAGUAGAGUGCAGUUUUGAUAGAAGUAUGCACAUUUUGAUAUUAUUCCAAAUUUAGAAGAAGGGUGUUUAUGAAAUUCUAUAUUCCUACUUUUAUCUGUGAGUUUUCGGAAACACUUAAAUUGUUUCAUAAUUCAAAUAAUUUUUCAAUUGUUGUUAUGUCACAUUCAAACUCAUUUCAGAUUUAUUUGCAAAUGCAAAAGUUCAACUGGUCAUGAGAUAAUGUUAAAAAUUUGUUUGGUUUUUCAGUCAUGUCUGGCUAAGUAUAAUGGAUAUAAACAUAUUUAUUUUUUGAAGAUAUUCUGGGAGUAUAUGUUUGUAAGGAAGAUGAAAGUUUCAUGCUAAGAUUGGCCUUGAUCAGUGUGAUGACUUGAGUAUUAUAUUUUUAUAUCCCAUUCUAAAAUUUCAAAAACAAAAAUAGUAAAAAUUUUGUGUAUUUUUAAAAGGCAUAUUUGGGGAACUUAUACUGAUGGUCAUAAAUUCAUUUUCAUAAAUGGCAUAUAUGAAGAUAUUUAUGCUGUAAACCAAGUGAUAAAAAACAACAGAUAGAAAUGUGACAGAAAAUUGCUGAGGUUGAAUUGCAUACUACAAUGUUUCUGUAGAUGACUGUUACUAGUCUUUGUUCACUCGAGAAAGGUAGUACCGGGUAUUUUAAGUUUGACAAGCUUAAUGCCAUUUGUGACCAUUUUGUUUCAUACAAAUGAAUCCCAGCAAAUUUUUGGCAUACUGGAAAAAAGUUUGUAUUGCAAUAUUGCGUAAAUAUUUUUGAACUAUCUCUACAUCUCAAUAUUUGUUAUGUUUGUAUUUUUUUUUCUUUAUUGUUGAAAUAAAAAAGUUACUUACA